AUGGCGAGUGCUAUGCGAAUGAACGUGAUGCGCUUGGCGAUGAAGCUGCAGCAUCAGACGCCACAGGUGACAGCAGUGGUGCGUGAUGCAUCUAUGCAUCAACCCAUGAUGAUGCAGAUGCAAAAGCGCUCGAUGGGUGUGUUUUCCAAUAUCAAGAAGACAGUGUCGGGCAAAUUGGAGGAGCGCAAUAAGCUUAAACAGGAGGAGUCAUAUAAGCAGCAGAUGAUUGAUCUUUCACAACAGGAGAAGUUUGAUUUGAAUAGCUUUUAUGAGCAUUUAAAGAAAAAUGCCGAGGCUAGUGGUGCAAGUGGUUGGCGAUCCAUGAUCCCUGGCGUGUCGACGAUGACUGCUGUACAACAGAUAAAGACGUCCAUGACUAUCUUGGAGUCCAUGGAGCCUGAGUACCGUGAAAAUCCUCGCCUUAUCAAUGGCAAGGUGAAGAGAAAGAUAUCAGAAAAGGCUGGUCAUUCUCCUGAAGAGAUUAACAAUAUGUUGCGCAACUACGAACAGCUGGCUGCUCUUCACACUUGGCUUACGAAACGUGUGGAGCGUGGACUUUGUAUCCCCGAGUCGUUGGAUGAAACGACAGAGUUUGUUCGUCAGGAUCCAACUGGUUUUCCUGCCAAGAAAUUCCGGAUGAAACAGCGUCGCUACUGA